AUGAUCGACUUGAAUUUUGUAUGGACAGGUUACGAAAACGCAUGCCGUACCGUAAAGUAUGCGACAAGUAUUGGAUGGUCAACCAUAGGAUUCAAUGUUUACUUUAUAGCAAACGAACAAGGAAUAAAUCAAAUGAAAUUUGAUGAUCAUCUUGAGGAACAUAAAGGAAAUUCAAGAACUAAUGAUUUAGGUCCUCUUCUGAGUAAUCAGAUAUUUCCCUUAAUUUCUUCCAUUUCAGUUGAAUCAGGCUUGAUUUUGGGGAAUAACUUUGUUAGGAGAAUUACUGUGCUGCUUAUGGACGAGUUUAAACCAAAUUCUCUUAUAAAAUUCGAAGUUUCUAACGAGUUUGAGAUUUUUAGCGUAAUUCCUACCAGUAAAAGAUCUUUUCAGGUUGCCUGCCAGAAUCUAAAUUGCGACCUAAUAAAUCUAAACGUUUACUGUUAUUAUUCGCCGUUUAAACUGAAACGCGGUUUCAUAAAUUCUGCUUUGCAAAGAGGCUGUUAUUUUGAGAUUUCAAUUUCUGAUGAAAUGUUUAAAAAUCUAGAAUCGGUGAAAAUUCCUGGCACAAAUACGACAGACCCAGUCAACCUGACAUUUCUAAGGAACCUACCUGGAUUAUUAAAAUACAUACCUCCAACCAAAUUGGUAAUAUCGUCAGGGACGAGAACAAUUACUAACCUAACUGACCCAGAAUCAUUUCUUAGGACUUGCAAUGAAUUGUUCAGAGGAUUCUCCGGGAGAGAUUUAAAUUUAAAAUCCUGUUUAACAAAAGUUCCUAACGAUUGCAUAACCAAAGGUGCGGCCAGGAUGACGUUCGGAACAGGAGUUGUAUCAUACAAAGAGGAGAAUAACCUGGGGAGAACAUUUAAAUAA